CUGGAAGCAGUCAAGAAAGUGCAGAAGCAGCAGACACAUGGUGAGGUGCUUGCUGGUGUGGAUGCGAGUGCGGCAUGGGCUAAGGCUUCACCAAGGAGUGGAGAGGCCGAUUGGGAGACAUGGCAUGAGAGGCUGUGUCAUGUGAACUUCCCUAUGCUGCAGAAGUUGGUGAAGGAUGGGAGCCUGAAGGGCUUGGAGGGCUGCCUGAUCCGUUUUGGGUGUCUGCACUGAGGCAGGUCGCCCUUGUGAAGAACAGGGUGCUGGCUACAGUUGGAGAUAAGGAGUGGAUCCCAUAUGUCAAGUGGUAUGGGAGUGCUCCAGCUGUGAAUAUGCUGAGGGCAUUUGGGUGCAUGGUAGUGUUUCAUGUGCCCAAGGAGAAAAGGGGGAAGUUGGAGGCUUCUGGAAGAUGGGGUGUGCACUUGGGGAUUGCAAAGGAUCACAAGGGGUGGCUGCUAUGGGACCUGACCACCCAGAAGUUGACAGUGUCAAGGGAUGUGAAGUUUCUUGAGUCCCUGUACUACAAGGAAUGGAAGCAGCAGCAACAGAAGCUUCCAUCUACACCGCUCAUUGUGGAGGCAGAUGAGGUGCAGCAGCCUUCAAGACAGGUGGAGGUUGCAGUGUCAGAGGAGGAGAUGGACAAAGGUCAAAGUUGAGGUUCCUAUAGGGAGGGAAUCUUUGUGCUUAUGGGGUUUCCUUGGUUGGGGACUCUCUUGGGACCUUCCCUCUCGUCCCUCUCUUUCUAUCCCAACCUUUCUCUUGCUCCUUCUAAUUCCUUGUGAGAUUCUUGAACUUUGAUUGAACUCUUGAGAUUGAGUUAAGUUCUC